GCGUUCUGCGUCACAGCGGCGCGCCGGAAGUGACUGCAGCGGUCGCCGAAGACGCCGGAAGUUGACGGUGCGGCGAAUCGCUGCUGGCUCCCGCUCCCGGUUUGCGAUGGGUUGCGACGGGGGAACAAUCCCCAAGAGGCACGAGCUGGUGAAGGGACCCAAGAAGGUUGAGAAGGUUGACAAAGAUGCUGAAUUGGUGGCCCAGUGGAACUAUUGUGCUCUAAGUCAAGAAAUAUUAAGGCGACCGAUAGUUGCCUGUGAACUUGGCCGACUCUAUAACAAAGACGCAGUCAUUGAGUUCCUGUUGGACAAAUCUGCCGAAAAGGCUCUUGGGAAGGCAGCAUCUCACAUUAAGAGCAUUAAGAAUGUGACAGAACUGAGGCUUUCUGAUAAUCCUGCGUGGAAAGGAGAUAAAGGAAACACAAAAGGUGACAAACACGACGACCUGCAGCGGGCACGUUUCAUCUGCCCCGUCGUGGGCUUGGAGAUGAAUGGGCGACACAGGUUUUGCUUCCUGCGGAGCUGUGGUUGCGUGUUUUCUGAACGAGCCUUGAAAGAGAUAAAAGCGGAAGUUUGUCACACAUGUGGGGCUGCCUUCCAGGAGGACGAUGUCGUCGUGCUCAACGGCACCAGGGAGGACGUGCAGGUGCUGAAGAGCAGGAUGGAGGAGAGGAGGCUGCGCGCGAAGCUGGGGAAGAAAGUGAAGAAACCCAAGGCGGCAGAGGCUGCCUCAAAGCCGGACGUCGGUGAAGAGUCCGCAGGGCCAUCAAACGUGAAGAGCGGGAGGCCCGAGGAAGCCGGCCUUGACGCCAGGGAGAAGAGAAUCAGCCCGGCCCCCCGAGGCGCAGCGGGCGCGAGCUCCUCGGGCCGAGCCGGGAGGCCGCCCUGCGCGGCCGCGAAGAGGCCGACUGCCGCCAGCGGGGAGUCGGAGGCGUACAAGUCCCUGUUCACCAGCCACAGCUCCGCCAAGCGCUCCAGGGAGGAGUCGGCCCACUGGGUCACCCACACGUCCUACUGCUUCUGAGGCCCGGCUGCUCGUCCCCAGAGAUGGGGGUUGGGGACCGUCCCUGCUACAUUGCCCUCUGCACGCAUGAUAAAGUGUCCUCCAAACCCCUGAGCCGUGUGGUCACUCCCUCUCGUGAGGCGCCUGGGUUCUGGGAGAGGGCGUGGGGGGUGACUCGCAGAGUGACCGUGCUGGGCCCCAUCUGCCCCCACCCCAGCCAGGCUCAGCGCUCACGCCCACCUUCUGACGGCCCGGCCCGCACGGUGGCUGCACCUUCUACGUGUGAAUGGUUAGACUUCUGAUUCCUCCUGGGAGUGCGGUUGGCGCCUUUUGACUAAAAUCCUGGUGGUGGCGCUGCCCCGGCGAACGAGCCCCGUGAAGGCACUUGGGCAGGGUCCGUCCCCAGGCCCUGUGCCCGUGGGUCUGUGCGCGGGAUCGUCUCUCCCUCCGGCCGAGGGGGCGGGGAUGGCGUGGGGGGCGGGGGUUCCCGUAGUUUAUCAUCUUGAAGAUAGAAGAGCUUGAGUCGGGCACCUGACGAUCUGAUACAGAAAUAAAGUAAGUCUGCCUUUCC